GACUUGUGUCAAUACAGGAUAUUCCCAAAUGAUACCAGUUAAUGGGAGGGUAGAUAAUGUAAGGACUGCUGAAUGCCAGGUUGAGACCUUGGAGAUCCUCGCCAAAAGAGUUUGAACAAGGAAUCAUUUCAAUUGGAAUUUGAAUUAAAUAAUUAAUUUGGAUCUGCGAAAUUUCUGCGAAUUCCGACAAUCAAAAGACACAUGCAAAUGCUCGUGCUACAAUCGAGCCAUUCUAUCCACAAUGCGUCGUCCUAGUCGCUCUGAUGGCUUAGCCAAAGAACGCCUGAGAUGGACUCAACAGCUUCAUGAUCGAUUCGAAGAAGCUGUUAAUCAGCUCGGAGGUCCAGAUAGGGCGACACCAAAGGGUAUUCUGAAGGCUAUGGGCGUUGAUGGACUGACCAUUUAUCAUGUCAAAAGUCAUCUGCAGAAAUACAGGAUUUUAAAGUUUGUUCCAGAAACAAAUACGAAAGGCAAGUUUGAGAGACGAAAUAUUUCAGAAAUACUGCCUAAUUUUGGUACAACAUCAGGUGCUCAGCUUAAUGAAGCCUUGCAAUUGCACAUGGAAGCACAAAGAAAAGAAGGCGAUAAUCAAGUCGAGGUUCAAAGGAAUUUGAAUAUGAAGAUUGAAGCUCAGGUGAGAUUCCUUGAGAGAAUUUUAGGCGGACAUAGGAACCGAGCCAUCCCAACAAAAGCUAGCAAGUCAUUCUCUCGCAUAUCACUGCCCUCACUAUGUGAGGAGUCUGAGUCAAAUGUAAAGGAUUUCGAAACCGAUUCUGAGGCUGACAAAAAUGAAAUAGUGUCCGGAGAAACAAUUCAAGCUCUAAAAAAGCCUGGAGUCGAAGAUAAUUUGGCAGCAUCGAUGUAUACAUUUGCAUCAUUCAAUCCAGAUGCCUAUGACCAAAAUAUGCUUCUUAACAGGGAAGAAAAUAUCAGCAGCUUUCCCUGGAAUAUCCCAGUUUGCUCGUCACCCCUGGUACCCAGUUUUUUGUGAAUUUUGCCACAACUUCCAUACAUAUAUAUAAUUGAAUUUGUAAAAUAACUCAAUAAUACUUGCUUGAUUGCUUUCAUGGUUGUCAAAUUAAACGGUUGAAGGGGCAUAUAACUUUUAAUUUUCUAAAUCAUGAAAGCAAUCAAAAUCUUCCUUUCAUUUAUAUUCAUAAUGAUAUAUCUAAAUAAAUUUUGUAGCAUUAUAGAAAUGCUGCUUCAUUAUGUAAUAAAAGGGAGUGAUCUGAUAUAUCUAUACUGGCUUUUCAGGUGGGCUUGUAGAGCAUCGAUUGCUCAUAUUGUAGUUAAAAUUAGUAAGAAUAUAUUUGAAUAUACAUCGAAUUCUACUGCAUUGCAUUGCAGUUAAUGUAAAAUUCGACCAUCUUUUAGCCACGUCUCUGAAUUUCAGUUUUCUCCUAGAAUCCUUGGGUCCACCUUAGCUUGACCUUUCCGUUGUUUCAUUUUCUUCAUGGGUCAAGCAGCGACACAAGACAACAACAUGAGCAGUUAUAUGUCAAUGGCCACAUUAUUGCAUUGUCCAUUGGGCUUAAAUGAGAGGUGACCUGAGUAAUUAACUGCAAGCGAGAUCUGGGCUGGUCUGGUCCAUUGCUUGUGAAACACAGUCAAAAGUUUUAAGCUAAGCAAAGCAAGAAAUGUGAAACACAUGGCCGCCUAAGAGGGUUCUGUUCAAAGUUAAACCAACAACCUUAAUUCAACAUUGCAGUUGGCACUUGCCAGCUAGGCAUGUGUUAGGAUAAUAUCAAUGGGAAAUGGGAGUGAGUAGUGAGAGACAUUUAAGUUGAAUUUAUUGGCACUUGCCAGCUUGGCAUGUCUUAAGAUAAUAUCAAUGGGAAUUGGGAAUGAGCAGUGAGAGAUAUUUAAGUUGAAUUUAUAAGUUUGAACUUUGAAUCAUAAUAUUUUCCAAACAAUGGAGAGUAUGUUAAAUGAUAACUUCAAAUAUAAUCUUAAAAGAGUGUGUUAUUUGUCAUAUGAUCCUUUCACCGACAAUUGGAAGGAAAAGGUGAAUAGACUGAAAGAGCUGUCACCAUUAAACAGCUUCUACCGAAUGAUUAAACGUUUUGGCAGUUAUAUAUACUAGUAAUAACUUCUACCCUGCCCAGCCUGCCACAACUGAACAUAUAAAGAAAGAAAGAUAGACUUGAGGAAAAGUUUGAAAGAUCAAAAGCUUUAAAAAAACGUGCUGUGAUAGUAUAUGGAAUUAGCGUGUUAAAUUUGGAACGAGUCAA